GGAAACAAAAGAAAAAUUCGGAGUAGGUAUUAAAAUCCAUGGAGAAGAAAUAAAAACUUUGAGGUUUGCCGAUGACAUUGUAAUUCUGUCAGAGACAGCAAAGGACUUGGAAGAGCAGUUGAACAGAAUGGACAGUGUCUUGAAAGGAGGGUAUAAGAUGAGCAUCAACAAAAGAAGGGGCGAUGAUAAUGGAAUGUAGUCGAAUUAAGUCAGGUGAUGCUGAGGGAAUAAGAUUAGGAAAUGAGACACUUAAAGUAGUAAAGAAGUUUUUCUAUUUGGGGAGCAAAAUACCUGAUGAUGGUCGAAGUAGAGAGGAUAUAAAAUGCAGACUGGCAAUGGCAAGGAAAGCGUUUCUGAAGAAGAGAAAUUUGUUAACAUCGAAUAUAGAUUUAAAUGUCAGGAAGUCGUUUCUGAAAGUAUUUGUAUGGAGUGUAGCCACGUAUGGAAGUGAAACAUGGACGAUAAAUAGUUUGGACAAGAAGAGAAUAGAAGCUUUCAACAUGUGGUGCUACAGAAGAAUGCUGAAGAUUAGAUGGGUAGAUCACAUGACUAAUGACGAGGUAUUGAAUAGAAUUGGGGAGAAGAGGAGUUUGUGGCACAACUUGACUAGAAGAAGGGAUCGGUUGGUAGGACAUGUUCGGAGGCAUCAAGGGAUCACCAAUUUAGUAUUGGAGGGCAGCGUGGAGGGUAAAAAUUGUAGAGGGAAACCAAGAAAUGAAUACGCUAAGCAGAUUCAGAACGGUGUAAGCUGCAGUAGGUACUGGGAGAUGAAGAAGGUUGCACAAGAUAGAGUAGCAUGGAGAGCUGCAUCUAACCAGUCUCAGGACUGAAGACCACCACAACAACAGCUAUCUUUACCGUUAGAGAUAAAUGUCUUUGAUUUUAUAUGAAUCAUAGUGAAACGAAUGGAAGGAAAAUUAUGGGUUUAAAUCCCAUCAUUAAUGAAUCCAUUAGACCGAGCACAAGCAAAGGUGGGGGAAGGAAAGUGACAGUCUACUUUUUAAGUGAAGCAGUCUCAUGUUAGCCUUAAUCAGUUUAUGGGAACCAAGAGAAACGAAAAUUUUAAUGCCCAGAUGCAUAUCUGAAUCCCACUCCAAAAUGCUAAGUCCAGUGUCCUAACCUCACAUAGUUACAGACCUUGAAUUGAUGCCGAAGAGACAUUAGCAAGUUCUCUAUCACAUUAAAAAAAUUCAAUAAAUGUGGUUCUCUGUUCUUUUGCAACUUAUUCCACAGUACAUUGUUACAGACCCCCAAGGAAAACUAAAAUAACUAACAGAGCAAUGAAAUAGACUUCUGUAUAAUCUCAAAAAUAAAAUUAAUUUUUGAUCAACUGAUGGUAUU